AUGACUUACAUAUACAACCAUAUACCCAGAAUCAUCACCGGGUUUGAACAUACGGGCAGCUUCAGUGACCUGAGGCUGGAUCUAGACUUCGCAUGUUACAUAUUGUCCCAGAGAAACAUUGGACCUUGUUAUUGGCCUACAAAAGUAUCCAUGGAUGACUUUUGGCCUCUCCAAAAGGAUCCCUUAGGAUAUAUUGGCAUGACGGUCAUAGCGGUCCCCUCAUCAAGUCUUCCGGAAGAGCUGAGUACGAGGUUUUGGUACCCAUCUAUGGUCUUACCGAAGUUCAUCGCCAAGCUGGCACCGUGGCCUUAUGGCCAUUACAAUGAGGCCAUUUUUGAUGGCCUGGACGAUAUCAUAGAUGGUAUGGUCACUGAAGAUUUUGACGAUAGUUCUGUUGGGCAGGUAUACACGGAAGACUAUACUACUGCGUCUUUCCAGCAAGAUUACUGGCAAGCAUAUAACUUCACACCUAGCUCCAGUGCAAUAGGUUCAGCGCUGGUACCUGGAAUUACACCCAUAUCACCGCUGGCCCAAGCGACUGCACAGACACCUAUUCAAGCAUCAGCUCCAGUACCGGGCAAUACUACCAUCGCAGACUCCGACGUUCGAGGAUUUCGUCAAUAUCAUCCAUUUACCAGAGGACCUGCGCUGGACAGAGCACAGCCCAUCAGGGGACCUACCAGUCGAUCAUCCGUGGUUAUCAAUUGCGAGAUCAUUAAAGAUGAUACUGUUUGGAAGUCUCAUCACGGGGCGCUAUGGCAAUGCCAUGAGGGUGGUCAAGUUAUGGCCAUAUCGACAUCAAUUCAUCACCCAGUGCUUCUUGGAGGCUUUGUUGCAUGGAGUUUACGACUGGCAGUGAGAUUCCAUUGGCAUCAUCUGCGUGGCACGUUUGACCACACACCGAAUUCAAGUCUUUCGGAUCUUAGGAAAGUGAUAGGGCACUGUCUGAAGCCUUCCGAGGAUCUGGGCUUCUGUCUUAACACUGAUGAAGGGCAAACGAGGAUUGUGAGGAUGACAGCUGUGCUUGAUCAAGCAGCAGUUCAGCUCGAUCAAGGACAAGACCAAACACUAGUGGCCUUUGACCAUCGUAUUGUGAUAGAGAUACUUGGCCUCCAAAUGGCAAAAGAACUCUGGCAUUAUAUGAUUCUUCGCCCAAUCGCAUCUAACCCAAAUGUCUGCGUUGCUGACUUAUACUGGGAUCAAGUUCUUGACCAAGGGGGAAAUCCUAAUAUGAGGAUAAUCUCUCUUAUAUUCUACGAAUACUGUCAGAAAGCACUCAAUCGCAAUCUCAACAGGACAGGUGACACAGCUGUGAUCAAGCUUUAUCGUAGAAUUGGGCACCUUCAUGGUCCUCCUCUGAUGGAGAUUCAAGACAUUGGACGUGAUCUGGGAUACAUCAGGCCACACUCAGCGCUAAUUUCUCGGCGAGAGGGAUCAAUACCACAUCCGCCUGUUCCAGAGUUACUUGAGAACCUAGAACUGAGACCUCUAUGUCUACUGCUCCUGGUAGAUAGUAACAAGCCAUUGACCGUACCCUUCCACACUUCCAACUGUGGAAUGAAUGGACAACAUUACCCAUUCAAUACCGUGAUAGUCCAUUGUCUUACUUCAAGUCUUGCCCAUGCGAUCACUUGUAGUUCCCAUCUGUCUCUCGCCCUUGAGAUCACUUGGAGUUCCCGUCUGGGGGAAGAGAAUCUCUUCGCGACCUAUUCGCAUCCCCCGAUGAUUCUUCCCCAGGAGGGCGAGCAGGGUAGUUCUCUACACCCGCCAACGAUGCUUCUGCAAGAAGAAGAAGAGAGUCUCUUCGCGACCUAUUUGCAUCCCCUGAUGAUUCUUCCCCAGGAGGGCGAGCAGGUACAGCAUGGGUAUGAGUAUGGGCAGGGGGAGUACUACAAGAUGGGGAAUAGGAUAAUUAAGAAAUUUGUCGCUGCAUGGAAAACUGCAUGCACGGCCGCUCUCAUGGCACUCAUAACUCCCUGGAUGGCCCUUCUCAAAAGUGUUCUCAAUCUCUGUCCGGUGCUCAUGCUAGCACUGAUGGCGGGAGUGUUAGCAGUAGUGUUAGCGGUAGCAUUAGUGGUAGUGUUAGCGGGACUAUUAUUGGGAGUGACGAUGGGCGAGAUGGCAGGAGUGGAUGCGAUGGCAUUAGACUACAUGACGAUAAGUUGA